UAGGGUGCCAGAGACAUCAGUCUGAAAAAGAAAUUUGAACAGUUAGCAUCUCGCUAAGUAAUCCUAAUACAUUUAAUCACUGUUAAUAGUGCUAUUAAGUGAACUAAGAAGAACAAUGAGUCUGUGUAACAUCUAUCCAUUCCGAUAUCUCGAUUGGUUGGAAGAUUUGGAAAGCCCUCACAGUAUCUGGGAUCAAGAUUUUGGCCUGGGGAUCCGCCCUGAGACAUUGGCACCAAGAAUCCUACAACAAUAUACAUUGACACCACGAUCAACAUCCAAAUGUCCAUUUUUCUAUAAACGACCAUGGGCUGAACUUAUUCGCAAAAAUCAAGGUGGUGCUUCUACUGUUAAAGCUGACAAAAAUCAGUUCCAAGUUUCUCUGGAUGUGCAGCAGUUUGCACCUGAAGAAAUCAAUGUCAAGGUUGUUGACCGAUCAGUGGUGAUUGAAGGAAAACAUGAAGAGAAACAGGACGAACAUGGCUUCAUCUCCAGGCAAUUUACUCGGAGAUACCUGAUUCCAGAGCAGUGUGAUAUCGAUCAAGUGUCAUCAAAACUUUCGUCAGACGGUGUUUUAACUAUCAUCGUUCCUCGAAAAGAUCAACCAAAGAUUGAAGGGGAGAGGAAGAUCAACAUAGAGCACACUGGAAAACCAGCCAUUCGAGACGCUGAACCUGAGCAGGAGAAGAAAGCUGAAGCUUCAUAAACUUAGAAAGCCAUUUGCAUUUAUUUUAAAAGACUUAUUUCAUUUUUUUUUGUACUUUUUUAAGUCAUAGAUAAGUUUAGGUUAUUUAUUAUCAUCAAUACCUAUUGACAUUAAAUAUUCAGUCUUUCAUUUUACUUUUAAAGUAAAGUAUAACUAUUGUUCAAUUGUAGCAGUUGAAUCUCUCAUUAAAUAAACAAGUAUUUUUAACUUG